AUGCUGAACUGCUCUCGACCUGAUCCGAUUUCCCUGCUGAAGGCUCUCCAACCGGUCUUCAACCUGAGCUCCAUUCGACCUGUUAUGAAUUUGUCAACCCCCACCAAAGUCAGCAUCGGCUUCACCAUGUUUGGCAUUUUGGGAGUGGAUGAAAAGGCCCAGAUCCUAAAAACAUUCAUCUGGCAAAAUUUAAGAUGGAGAAAUGAGUUUGUCAAGUGGGACCCAGAACAAUGUGGUUCUUCAUGGAUUACAAUUCCAAGGAAGCUGCUGUGGGUACCAGAUGUGGUCAUCAAUGAAUUUAUGGAGAAGAACUCUGCUCCUUUUGUCCCGUACGUCUAUUUGUUUUCUGAUGGCUUAGUGCUCGAUGAACGACCCGUCAAAGUGAUCAGCUCCUGCAGGCUCGACAUCUACACGUUUCCAUUUGACAUCCAGAACUGCAGUUUAAGCUUCAACUCCUACUUACACACUAUAAAAGCUAUUCCGAUAAACCGAUCAUCAUCUGCAGAGGAAAUAUUCAAAUUUUCUAAAAAAGUGAUGACAACUAUGGGUGAGUGGGAACUAAUUGGAAUCACAGCGAAGACCUUCCUACUGCCGGCAUCACGCAACGAAACAUACCAAGAGCUUCGCUUCUUUGUGUCAGUGAGGCGUCGGGCCACCCUCUACGUGGUGAACUUGCUGCUCCCCAGCUGCUUCCUCAUCACAGUGGAUCUCUUCAGCUUCCUGCUGCCUCCCAAAAGUGUCGACCGGUCCUUGUUCAAGAUGACCCUCAUCCUGGGCUACACCGUCUUCCUGCUCAUCAUGAACGACCUGCUGCCUGUCACUGGAAACACCAUACCGCUCAUAAAUGUGUUUCUGUCUCUGUGCCUGGCUCUUAUGGUGGCGAGUCUACUGGAGACUAUUAUCAUCACAAACCUGCUGUGUGGCUCCGCUCACUACUCUCCAGUACCUUGCUGGAUCAGAGUGUUUGUUCUUCACUUUCUGGGCCGCCUGGUAGGACUUCCUCCAAAGUCCUGCGCUCUAGAGGACACAGUCAUCGAAAAUCCUGACGCACAAGUUUCUCUUCCUGUGGCAGAGGACAGCAAGGCUCCAGAACAAGAGGGAUCAGCAGAUGAGGACAAGACUGUGCAGGAGCUGAGGAGCCUGGGUGAGGACCUCCAGGCCAUCUGCCUCCAGGUGAAGCAGCAGCUGGACGGAAACCAGAGCUCGGAGGAAUGGAUCCAGGUGGGUUUCAUCAUAGACCGCCUGCUGUUCGGCCUCUACAUCCUCUUCAUAACAGUCAGCUUCAUUACCAUCAUCAUUAUCUGGGCGCAAUCGUACAACAUAUCCUGAUAUUGUUAUCAUGCUUUCACAUAUUCCUUGUAAAAGUGAGGGUUGCUAUUUAAAAAUUAAUCUUAAUGUUGUGUUUGUGUUAUUUGUUAUCUAGUUUUUAAAAUGACCUUGUUAACAUUUGUGUUUUGGG